UGGCUUGCAGGCUGGAGCUGUAGCAAAGCACGAAAGCAGAGUCUGUUUAAAGUAAGAGCUGUCUGUGGGUAUAUCGACACUCCUGGCUCCUCAUAUGGCCAUGCACAGGAUUGUGCCAGAAUCCCCCUGUUGGCCACAGUUGCACCCCAGAAACCUGAAGGCAAGUCGAGGAUGGCAGCCAGAGCUGAACAACAGGAGUCCGGUGGCACCAAAAGAGGCUCAGCAAGUGACCAAUUGAUGACAAACAGAAGUCACCAGAUCUCAGUGAGAACCAGGAACUGUGGCAGCUGUCUUGGGCUGCUUAGGAGUGGAGUCAAGGAGGACCCAAAUGACAUUGAUUCACUAAAAAAGAAAGACCCUCGCAGUAACAAUGGGGAAGACAAAGCACAAAGUGUGGAGACCCUGCCUCCAGGAAAAGUUCGAUGGCAAGAUUUUGAUCAAGAUAACUAUGUUGGUGUUACUAUGGUCCGCUCUGGUCAGGACCCAUAUGCUCGUAAUAAAUUCAAUCAAGUAGAAAGUGACAAACUGCGAAUGGACAGAAACAUACCUGAUACCAGGCAUGAUCAGUGUCAACGGAAACAAUGGCGGAUAGACCUGCCAGCCACUAGUGUAGUGAUCACCUUCCACAACGAGGCAAGAUCUGCUUUACUUCGAACUAUUGUCAGUGUACUUAAAAAAAGCCCAUCACAUCUUAUCAAAGAAAUCAUACUGGUGGAUGACUACAGCAAUGAUCCUGAGGAUGGUGCUUUGUUGGGGAAAAUUGAGAAAGUGCGGGUUCUUCGAAAUGAUCGUCGAGAAGGCUUGAUGCGCUCUCGUGUCAGAGGGGCAGAUGCAGCACAAGCUAAAGUCUUGACAUUCCUGGACAGUCAUUGUGAAUGUAAUGAGCACUGGCUGGAACCUCUUCUGGAGAGAGUAGCUGAGGACAAGACCAGAGUUGUGUCUCCUAUAAUUGAUGUAAUUAAUAUGGACAACUUCCAGUACGUGGGGGCGUCAGCUGAUUUAAAAGGCGGCUUUGAUUGGAAUUUGGUGUUCAAAUGGGAUUACAUGACACCAGAGCAAAGAAGAGCAAGACAAGGAAAUCCAGUUGCUCCCAUAAAAACACCAAUGAUAGCUGGCGGCUUGUUUGUGAUGGACAAAUUCUAUUUCGAAGAGUUAGGAAAAUACGAUAUGAUGAUGGAUGUGUGGGGUGGAGAAAACUUAGAGAUUUCAUUCAGAGUGUGGCAGUGUGGAGGGAGCCUUGAAAUUAUCCCAUGCAGCAGAGUGGGUCAUGUAUUCCGCAAGCAACAUCCUUACACCUUCCCUGGUGGGAGUGGUACUGUGUUUGCAAGAAAUACACGUAGGGCAGCAGAAGUGUGGAUGGAUGAGUACAGAAACUUCUAUUAUGCAGCAGUGCCUUCAGCCAGAAAUGUACCUUAUGGCAAUAUUCAAAGCCGAAUGGAAUUGAGAAAGAGACUUAGCUGCAAACCUUUCAAGUGGUAUCUUGAAAAUGUCUAUCCUGAGUUAAGGGUACCUGAUCAUCAAGAUAUAGCUUUUGGGGCUUUGCAGCAGGGUACCAAUUGCCUCGACACUUUGGGCCAUUUUGCAGAUGGUGUUGUUGGAGUUUAUGAAUGUCAUAAUGCUGGGGGAAACCAGGAAUGGGCCUUAACUAAGGACAAGUCAGUGAAACACAUGGAUUUGUGCCUUACUGUUGUGGACCGAGCACCUAGUUCACUAAUAAAACUCCAGGGCUGCAGAGAAAAUGACAGUAGACAGAAAUGGGAGCAAAUUGAAAGCAACUCUAAACUGCGGCAUGUUGGCAGUAAUCUGUGUCUAGACAGCCGAAAUGCCAAAAAUGGUGGUCUUACCGUUGAGGUCUGCAAUCCUUCUCUGUCACAACAGUGGAAAUUCACACUUAAUCUACAGCAGUAGAAUGGCUUACACACACAAUGCCAUCUUGUUUGCGAGACAUUGGCCAAAAUUUUGAUCGCAUUACUGAUAUAUUUCUUAAACUUUCCACGGAACUUAUAUACCUCAGUAUUCCAUCAUCAUCUGAAAGUAAGAGAAAACACAAUGGAACACAAGGGAACCAAGGGGACAUGGAACACUGCGACUGUCUCACUGAACCACAGCUGCAGCAGAGUCCCCUUCUGGUGUAAAGACUUACCAGUUCCUGUCUGACUUCAGUUUAGUACUUGCACAGCAGAUGAUUAACAUCCUUAGAAACAAUUGAUGUACAGUAGCAAAUGGAUCUUAACAUGCAGAAGAAGGGAGGGGAAUAGAGCACGGGGAGGGAAACUGGGGAAAAUAAACUUCUAGGAGAAACUGAAAUCUCCAUUUACAUAGAAAUCAUCGCUUGUGGUUUCCAGAAGCUGAAGUGACAUUUUGAAGGUUUUUUUUCCGUGUGUAAUUGGUAUAUUUGAAUAUGAACUUUUCUAUGAUGAACUCUAAAUAUAUAUAUUAUAUAUAAUAUAUAUAUUUUGUCAGUUCCCAACUGUUUCAGUUUUCCUCAUCUUGUAAUUAUCAACUAAGUGAUUAACAUAACAUAAACCGAAAAUUGGAUUGGAAUGCAGUGAGAGAACCAAACUUUGUGAAGGUGUGUAAUGUCCAUGCUAACACUGGAUGCUUUUGCUUUGUGAACUGGACCUACUUCUUAGCACUUCACCAUCUUUGGAAAUUAUGGAACUCAGGAGGAGGAAGAGGAAACAGCAGAACAAACUGAUGCAUCUGCACAGCUCAGUGCUUGGAUUAUCUCUUCUGACUGGGAUUCGGUACAUGUGCCCUGGGUGUUGUAAACUUGUACUUGAUAUUUAUAUGAAAAAUUAUAUAAGCAAUGCAACUCUCACAGAUGCAGCCAUUGGGGGUUCAGCACAGUUUGUUUAUUUUUGCAGGGCUCUGAUCAGCUAAUUUCUUGGUGCUACUAGUCCAUAGUAUCCUGACUUAUUAGGAUCUCUGUGUACAGACAGCCCAAGAUCAUAGUAAGUUUUAGUAUGCAAGAAUCAUCAGAAGCUACAUGAGAUCUGAGUUGCACUUGUUUAAUUGAUAAACCUGUUAUGGGGGAUCCUACUUGAGGUUUUUUAAUCUUCCAGGCUCUAAUCUGGGUAUCAACAGGUGCCUGGUGUGGUAUUUUUAACGUUAGAACACAUACAAUUUACAGCCUCAGCCCAACUGACACUUUUAUAUUAAAGCAGUGCUGUCAAAGUUAGGUUGACUCCAGUGUUCACCUACCUGCUUAUGUUUGCCUGGUCUACAUGAUUUGUUAAAAGCAUUUAUUUUUAAUAUAAAAAAGCAAGGAAUCCGUGCUGGCAAUAAAAAAAACCAUUGCAUUGAUAACUUAUAGAUGAGCAAUGUAAAAACUAGCCUGGUAAGAUAAUGGAUCUCAAACAGCCUAACGGCUGAUUUAAAGAGAGAGACUUAGAAAUAUUGUUCCUAAACCAUACUAUGACAGUGUUCUUUUCCUUUUUCUGGGUCUCUGGGAGUAAGUAUGUCACGAGCUGCAUUUUCCUUUCUGGCUGAGUUUAGUACAGUAUGUGGAACUUCUCCAUGCACAAUGGUUUUUACUUUGCAGUGACAGACAUUGGAAUAAGAGGCCCAUAAAUGUAUCUGAUGUAUGAGCUGAAGUAGCACAACAUGGAUCUGUGGAUCUAUUCACAUAUCCU